AGGAAAGGGGCGGAACAGGCUCGCCUCUCCCCGUCUCCAUUUUGCUCUUCGUUCUGAGCGUCGGUGGUCGGAGGGGACGCCGAGUUUCUUAGCCACAUUCCAGAAUGUCAUACCCAGGAUAUCCUCCAUCAGGCUACCCAUCUUUUCCUGGUUAUCCUCCUACCGGACAGGAGUCUGUUUAUCCACCUGCUAGCCAGUAUUCUUACCCUGGGGUGCCUGGAGGCUUCCCACCUGUGGGAGGCAGUGAAUAUAAUGUAGCUCCACCAACUGGGGAAUUCCCAGGGAAUGCAGGCUACCCAACCGCACCUGGUGGGUAUCCUCCUGCAUCCAUUGGAUACCCUGGACUACCUCAGCCUGGUGGCAUGCCAACGUAUCCUGGAGGUGCUGGUUUUGGAGUACCCCCCUCUGGCUCUGGUUUUGGCUAUCCACAGCUUCAAUCCCAAACUUAUGGUGGAGGUGGUAUACCAGCUGGGUAUCCUGGUGGACAAACACCAUCAACACCACUGCAGCCUGCAGCAUUAACUCAGACCACGCAAGGCACAAUUCGACCAGCUCCUAAUUUUGAUGCAGGGAGAGAUGCAGAAAUUUUGCGCAAGGCUAUGAAAGGAUUUGGUACGGAUGAGCAAGCAAUCGUUGAUGUUGUUGCCAACCGUUCAAGUAAUCAGAGGCAACAAAUUAAAUCUGCUUUCAAGACUAUGUAUGGCAAGGAUUUAAUUAAAGACCUGAAGUCGGAGCUAAGUGGAAAUAUGGAAGAACUGAUCCUUGCAUUGUUCAUGCCAUGUACCUAUUAUGAUGCCUGGAGUUUAAGGCAUGCAAUGAAGGGUGCAGGUACCCAAGAAAAUGUAUUGAUUGAAAUUCUUUGUACAAGAACAAAUCAGGAGAUUCAAGAAAUAGUCAAAUGUUACAAGAAUGAAUUUGGAAGAGAUAUUGAGCAUGAUAUUCGGGCUGAUACCUCUGGUCAUUUUGAACGAUUACUUGUAUCUAUGUGUCAGGGUAAUCGGGACGAGAAUCAAACUGUAGAUUAUCAAAAAGCUCAGCAGGAUGCGCAACGACUUUACCAAGCUGGGGAAGGAAAACUGGGAACAGAUGAGUCUUGCUUCAACAUGAUCCUCGCAACCAGAAGCUUCCCCCAGCUGAAAGCCACUGUGGAAACUUAUUCACAGAUAGCUAACCGUGAUUUAUUAAGCAGCAUUGGCCGGGAAUUUUCAGGAAAUGUAGAGCGUGGCUUGAAGGCUAUUUUACAAUGUGCUCUAAAUCGCCCAGCCUUUUUUGCAGAAAGACUUCAUCAUGCCAUGAAAGGAGCUGGCACAGAUGAUUCUACCCUGGUUAGAAUUAUUGUAACUCGUAGUGAGAUUGAUCUUGUACAGAUCAAACAGCUGUUCACGCAGAUGUACCAGAAGACUUUGGCCACCAUGAUUUCAAGUGACACAAGCGGGGAUUACAGACGGUUACUCUUGGCCAUUGUGGGUCAGUAGGAAGCACUCUCAGAAAGUAAAACAAGAGCUGCAAACAGCCAACGAUCACUACCAGCUAUCAAGAGCGUAUAAAAAUAUAAAUUAUCCUAGACAAUUAAGUAUGCAUCAGGUUCUUUUAUUUUUCACAUAUAAUUGCUUUAAUUUAGCUCAUCAUGUACUUUACAAUAAACCUGCUGCCUAAAUGUGCCUGUUCUGUAUUGUCACAAAGGCUGUUACUUAUUUCAUACUGUGUGCAUUGCAUAAUGUUGUUUACUCUGAGAAAGGAAAUGAUAAGAGCUACACUCAGACAAUGUAAGCAUGUCCAGUUUUUGAAAUUGUCCAUAAAUUUUGAAAUUAUGACAUUGUGCAUCUUUAUUAUGUCUUGUAAAAACCCAAACAGAGUAUAUUUCCCAUGAAAAGCAGUUUUAUAAUUUUUCAAAAUACUAUUGUAAAAAUUUCAAUAUUCCAAUUUUAUUUAGCACCUUGGUCCGGGGUGCCCAAACUUGGGAACUUUAAGACUUGUGGACUUCAACUCCCAGAAUUCCCCAGCCAGCAUGGGAGUUCUGGGAGUUGAAGUCCACAAGUCUUGAAGUUCCCAAGUUUGGACACCCCUGCCUUAGUCAAUUUAUAGUUCUCUAAGAUUAAAUAUUGUUUAGCUAUUUGCUGUUUAUUUCAGAUUCUUUAAAUUCUAAGCUUAUUAUUAAAUUUUUCUUUCAUUCUGGAUUGAAGGCAGGUUGAUCUGACAUUUUCCAAUUUGUCUUUCCAAAAGUCUCUAAUAGCUUAGAAAUAAUUAAUCAAUUAAUUCCUGAAAGUGAUGUCUGCUAACUUAGUAUCUGUCAAGAUUGAACCACUUUGCUUCUUUCAAACUUUAAUGCUUUUCAAUUGCCAAUGAGCUGGGGGGAUGGAAGGUGGAAAUGAAAUGUAGAGAAUGAAUGCAGAGAUUGUGAGAGCAUCAAGGAAAGAGAGGGACUGUUUCUAUAACAAAAGAAUGUCUCAUAAAUGGACAAUCACCCUGCGGUGGGGAGAAGGGGAAAAUAUUGUUUAACUGGACAAACAUUUGCGCGGGAAAACCAGAGUUGGUUUUGUUUUUUUCAGUACCAAUAUGGUGUAUCCAAUAAAGUUUUACUUUUGAGAAUUUAAA